CCGAGUGCGGCCGCGCCCCGCCAUGGUGCAGCCGUGGCGGAGCCGCCCGCUCCUGGCUGCGGCUCUGGGGCUCGGCGGCCGCCGGCGGCUGCCCCGGAGCCGUGGCGGCACGGCAGCGCUCCUUCCCCCGGGCUCGGGCUCGGGCUCGGGCACGGCCCCGGCGGCGCGGCCGUGCUCGGGCGGCGGCGUGCUGCGGCACCUGCUGCUCAAGCUGCGGGCCACCGGGCCGCUGACGGUGGCCGAGUACAUGCGGGAGGCGCUCACCAACCCCGGCCAGGGCUACUACACGCGGCGCGGCGGCGUCGGCAGGGACUUCGUGACGGCGCCCGAGGCAAGACGCGAAGCCGCUUCCCGCAGCUCCCGCAGUCGCGCCGUGUCUGUGUGUCAGUUGGUAGGGAUAUGGUACCUCAGCGAGUGGAUGGCCGCCGGCAAGCCCGCAGCGUUCCAGCUGGUGGAGCUGGGCCCGGGGACGGGCGCUCUCACUGAGGACAUACUGCGGGUCUUCAACCAGCUUGCCUCUUUACUUAGUAAAUGUGAUGUGUCUAUUCACCUGGUAGAAGUGAGUCCCAAACUCAGUGAGAGCCAAGCACAGAUGCUGACAGGAGGGAAGGUGCAGUCAAACUCCGAGGACGAAGCUGCUUACAUGAAAGGCAUCAGCAAGACUGGAAUUCCAAUUUACUGGUACAGAGGCAUUCAAGAUGUACCACAAGGUUACAGCUUUUACUUAGCACAUGAGUUUCUGGAUGCCCUGCCAAUACAUAAGUUUCAGAGAACAGAGAAAGGCUGGCGUGAGGUGUUGGUUGAUAUAGAUCCAGAGGCUCCUGACCAGCUGCGGUUUGUCCUGUCACCAUCCAGUACCCCUGCAACAGAAAACUUUAUUCAGCCUGAAGAAACGAGAGAUCACGUGGAAGUAUGUCCCGAGGCCGGUGUCCUCAUUCAGAGGCUUGCCUGUCGCAUCGAAAAGGAUGGUGGGGCCGCACUGAUUGCUGAUUAUGGUCACGACGGAACCAAAACUGACACUUUCCGGGGUUUCCAGAAUCACAAACUCCACGAUGUGCUGAAAGCUCCAGGUACAGCAGACCUGACAGCAGAUGUUGAUUUCAGCUAUCUUCGAAAGAUGGCACAGGGAAAAAUAGCCACGUUGGGCCCCAUAAAACAACGGGAGUUUUUAAAGAACAUGGGUGUUGACCUCCGAAUGCAGGUGCUCUUGCAGAAUUCACACGACUCAGCAACUCGGGAGCAGUUACUCCACAGCUAUGAUAUGUUGAUGAACCCUAAGAAAAUGGGAGACCGUUUUCAUUUUUUUGCCUUGCUGCCUCAUUACAGACUUACACAACCUCACAAGGAACAUCAUCUGCAAUCCAAGUCCCCCCUCCCACCUGUUGCUGGAUUUGGUGAGCUCUUACUGAAGUAAUUUCAACUGCAAUACCAAAAUGUCUAAUAGUGGCAGCUUCCAGUAACAACCUAUUAAAUAAAAACAGUAAAAGAAAUCAAA